AUGAUUUCCAAUAACAACCACAACAAGAACAAAUCACAACCAACAAAUGUGGUUGCAGCAACACCUCUUCCGAAAACAUUGAAAAAUGUAUCCAAUCCUUCUUCUGCUAGUAGUGUGAGUACCACCACUCCGAAAUCAACAGGUGAGGCUAGUGUGGAUUUUUGGCCACCAUUUAGUCAAUCAUCAAGAUCCAGUAUGUCUGUUGGUAGUCCAUCAACACCCGAAGAUGAAUAUUAUUUCAAUAUUGAUGAAGAUUUAGAAUUAAGUGAUAUUAGUGAUAUCGAAGUUGAACAAUUGGAAAAUUUAGAUGAUGACGAGUUGAAUAUUGGAGAAGAAUCGGAAAAUACUCUAGAUGAUGAGUUGGAUAUUAGUGGAAUUGUGAAUUUAUUAGAUGAAGCUGAUUCGAACAAUACAAUUCCUUCUUCCGAUAAAACUUUUUCCAAUACUAGUAACCUUCUCAAUACAUCACUAAAAGCCACUCAUACAGAGGAUGAUAUGAAUGAUCCCACAUCCCUCUAUCAUUACAUUCCCUACCAAAUUGCUGACAAUUACAAACACAAGUCUUUAUAUCCUUGGCAAGUAGCAUUAUUAGAAAACAAUCAAAUUCUGGAUGGAGGAAAGAAUAUUAUCUACUCAUCUCCAACAAGUGGAGGUAAAACCCUAGUCAGUGAAAUUAUAAUGGUUCGAAGAUUGACAAGAAACAAAUCAAAAGUUGUUUUCAUGCUUCCUUUUAAAGCUAUCAUUGAGGAAAAGGUAGCUGAUUUGAAUGAAAAAUUCAAGAAUGUUGGAUGGAAAGCCAAUCCCUAUCACUCUGAAGCAGUAAAACUCAUUGAUACAGCAUCCUUCAAUGAUGAUGAUGAGAGAGUGAUGGUAUGUACCUUUGAGAGAGGAAAUAGUAUUCUGAAUGGAUUGAUUAGGACUGGCAAAAUUGAUGAAAUUGGAACCAUCAUUAUUGAUGAACUUCAUAGUAUAACAGAGCCUGAUAGAGGUUAUAUUCUAGAACUCAUUCUAACGAAAAUUAUUUAUCUUAAACCAAAAAUUCAAAUCAUUGCGAUGUCUGCUACCCUACCAAAUGUUGACAAACUUGCCAGUUUUCUUAAUGCCUACUUGUUUGUGACUGAUUAUAGACCAGUUCCACUCUCUGAAUACAUGGUACAUGAUUCCAAAGUAUUCGAUACAAAUUGUAAUCUAGUAAGAAAUCUAACACCUUACACUGUUUCUAAAAAACUACCUGAUGGAUUUAAUAUUUCCAUACUAUCACUAAUUGACACAGAGUUUGCUACAAUUAUAUUCUGCAGCUCUAAGCUAAAAUGUAAAUUAUUUGCCAAGUUUAUUGCUGAAGAAAAUCAACCACAACAUAUUCCAGAGCACUUGGUACAACAACGACAAGAAUUACUAACUAACCUCAAACUAUCCACAACAGGAUUGGAUCCUGAUUUGAAUUUUUCAAUGGGGAGAGGAGUAGGUUUUCAUCACUCGUCACUAACAAUGGAAGAGAAAAAGUUAGUUGAAUUGGCAUUUAGAAAUGGAAUGAUCAAAAUUCUACUAUGUACAACAACCCUUGCAACUGGUGUGAAUCUUCCUGCAAGAAGAGUCAUUAUUUCCUCACUCACCAUGGGUAGGGAUGAUUUAUCAAUAGUUAACUACAAGCAAGCAGCUGGUAGAGCAGGUAGAGCAGGUAUAGAUGUAAAGGGUGAAUCGUAUCUUAUAGUUCCUUCGUUGGAGUCUGGUUCAAAAUUAUUAUCUUCCAAAUUCACACCCAUGAAAUCUUGUCUAAAUGAAAAACACAUAUCAAGAGCUUUAUUGGAAAAUAUUUCAACUGGUAUUAUUAGGACUGCUCAUGAUAUUGUGUCCUAUUUAAAAUGUACAUUUCUAUCGAAAUGUAUUCCAGAGAAAGAACUCAGAAGUAUAGGAAUCAACUCAAAAGUUUUUCUGGAAAAGAAUGGAUUUAUUAGAUGGAUAAACGGUAAAGACUCCUUCGAUUGUAAACCAUUGGGAUUUGCAACACAAAUCGCCAAUAUUUGUCCCUAUCUUUCUCUCAAGUUUUACCAAACCAUUAAGAAUGAAUUGAAAAAUUUCUACUUGGAAGAUGAUCUAGGAAUGAUUUACAUUCUUGCCUCCUUCUCUGAAAAUAGUCUAUUUCAUACUGAUUAUAACGAUACAUUCUCAAAAGUUGCUGAAAAAAUUGUAAAUAUUGCCAUCAAGAGAAGAGAGUUUUCAGAAUUUGUAAAUAACAAGAUUAGAGACAUUAAUGAAUUGAGAGGUUACAUCUUGUCGGUGGGAAAUAGAAGUAGUCAUCAACGAGAAUUGAGCGAAACUAUCUACACAUUGAGAAAAACAUUUAUACUCUAUGACAUUAUACUGGAAUAUCCAAUCAAAAAUAUUGCAGAGACAUAUUUUGGAGACUCAGAUGCAAGAGGAUCUGUACAAAAUGUUCAAAAAGAUGCUGCCUCAAAAGCAUCUGUACUCUCAAGUUUUUGUAAAUAUGCUGCCUUACCAAGCUUUUUCUCGGAAGCAUUCAAAGAAAUCAAAGAACGACUUGUUUCUGGAGUGAGACAGGAACUUGUACCUCUUGUUCAAAUUCCAUUUGUUGGUUCAUCAAGAGCAAGAUUGUUAUUCAGUGCUGGUCUCAGAACAAUUGCACAGGUUGCUGAUGAAACACCAGAAAGUAUCGAAAAUAUACUUGUUAAAGGCUCUCAAAACACAACAGAAAGUAGAACUAAAGCUAAUUUGAUUGUAGAAGGAGCAAAGGCAAUUGUAGAGGAGAAAUUACUUCCUUUAGAGUGGAUAUUUGGGCCACAAGACGAAGAUACAUUCCUAUUCCAAAAUAGCUCUCCAAAAAAGAGAGGAAAAAAGAGAUGUAACGCCUUUGAUGAUAAUCAGGCAGAGCACAAAAAGAAAAAGGAAGAUUCUGUGAUAGAACUAAAACUUGGUGAUAAUCAAUUAUUUGAUGAGUUUUUGGAGCGUUGGAAUAAUUCAAAAGUAUUUUCAUUCUGUUUCGAAUUUGGAAUUAAGAAAAAGCAAGACAAUCCAACCACCUUUAUUAAGAAUAGGGAUGUUUAUACGGUGAAGGGACUCUCAAUUUGUUUUAAUGAAGUAUUUGAGGAUUAUUUAACUUUUGAGAAGAGAUGUGAAACCAAAAUCGAUCCAAAUAUUCCUUGCAAAUGCUAUUUUAUCCAUCUAGAUGAUUAUAGAUCCAAGAUAGUAAAACGAAUGCUGCAAGACAAGAGAAAACCCAAACUUACAUUCGGAUUUAAAAAACAACAAACAAGACUCUUACAGGCUUGGGACUUAAUUGUUAAAGAUCCCGUACUUGAUCCAAUGAUUGGAGACUGGGUACAACAUCCAGAUGAUUCGGAUAAUGAGAAAACUCUUGAGGAAAUAUACUUGAAAUAUUUCCCAUCUGAUUCAUUUCUAUUUACUCCCAAGAAUGACAAGUUUGUCAUUGUAAAGACAGCUAGCCAAUGUUGGCCAAUAAUGACUGCUGUUAUGGUAUCCAUUAUUAAUUUGGAAUUGAGACAAAUGUUUGAAUUUGAAAUGAGCUUCUCCAAAGUUUUAAGCACAAUGGAACAUAAUGGAAUACGUUUCAAUUAUCAUUGGAUCAAACAUAAUACGAAACUCAUAGAUGCUAAACUCGAUGAAAUUACAAGAGAUUUGAACAGUUUACAAAUUUUGGAUGGUAAAAAGAUUGAUGUGUCCAAUAAUGACCAUGUUGCAUUACUCCUCUUUGAUAAAUUAAAACUUAAGGGUACAGAGAGGAAAACAAACAAGGAAAUAUUGGAAAAGUUGAAAAAACUCUACCCCGAUAAGUCUUAUAUUAUGAAGCAAAUCAGUGAAUACAGAUACUUGCUGAAUAUUAAGACUCAUCACAUUCAAAACAUGCCCAAUGAUAUCAAAUACUGCCCAGACACUCAAGAAUAUAGAAUAUUUGCCUCUCAAAUGCAAACCACUUCAGCAACUGGACGCUUAAGUGUCAAGAAUCCAAACCUUCAAAAUAUUCCAAAUGAUAUCGACAUUAAGGACCCUUUCUCUCAGAAAUCCAUAAUCACACUGAGUAUUAGAAGCGCCUUCAUCCCAAGAAAUGGUUAUGUAAUGGUUUCAAUUGAUUAUAAGAAUAUUGAAUUGAGAAUUUUAGCCCACCUCUCACAAGAUAGAACCCUUUCAGACAUUCUCAGUAAUACAGAAAGAGAUAUUUUUGAGGAAAUUGCUAGAAACUUUUGGAAUUUUAGACCUGAAGAACCAGUUCCAUUAUCUCAUAGAAGUCUGGUCAAGCAGAUCAUUUAUGGAAUUUCCUAUUGUAUGGGCUCAGAAACUCUCUCUGGUAAAAUGUUCAAUAGUGAGAAUGAGGAUUUUAUGUUGAGGCCUGGUGAGGAUAGAAUUGAAGCUGCUGAAAGAUACAAGCAAAAUUUUUUUGAAAAAUAUCAAGGAUUGAAGCAAUAUAAGGACUUUGUAGAGAAUCACCUUGUGGAAAAGCACUAUGUUGAAACCUCAUAUUCAAGAAAGAGAUUUAUCCAUGAUAUUUGUUCUGAUGAUUCAUCAAAGAGAGCUGCAGCUAGAAGAGCUGCUCUCAAUACUGUUUCUCAAGGCUCUGCCUCUGAUAUUAUGAAAAUAGUCAUGUUAGGUAUUUAUUCAUUUAUGAGACAUUUUAAUAAGAAAGAAGAAAGAGCAUACAUGUUACUACAAAUUCAUGAUGAGCUACUCUUUGAAGUGAGAGAAGACUCUCUCAGUACAUUUAUCUAUUGUACAAAAAAUAUUAUGCAGAAUACAGAUAAGAAACUUCUAGUACCACUGCCUGUAAAGGUUCAAAUUGGAGAUUCAUGGGGUACUUUGAAAGAUUACCCCAGCUCAAUACCACUCACCAAUGAAGAAAAGGAUGAGAUAAGGAAUUUGAGUGUAUGUCUUGGAUUUGAUUGGAAGGAAAAGUUGGGUGUCACUGAUAAUUUUUAA